GCAGGUCACUGAAAGCAAAACUGCAAUCUGGUGAUAGGAGGUUAACAUGGGCGUCUUUCAACACUACGAAAACACACUGUCUUGGUCGCUGGGAACCAUACAGUUCAAGCAAGUCUUGGCCAGAGGGGACCAGCUCAUAGACCCAAAAGAAAAAGAGGGGGCCAGCUACGUUUUGUUCUGCUCACUGCAAUGCAUUUCAUUGGCUCUUUAAACGUACGUAACGCAGUCUCGUCUCACAACGCCGCACCGCUGUGCACAAAACGAGAAAGUAGUUUUGACUAGCCUGCCUACCAUUCCAAAAUGUUUCUAGCGGUACUUGUAUGUUUACCAAUAUUCUAUCAACUUAUCGACGCUAAGCAGAAAGAUUUCUACACAUUCAAAGUCGUUAAUAUUAGAGGGCGAUUAGUGUCUUUGGAAAAGUACAGAGGUUCGGUAUCUCUGGUGGUGAAUGUGGCCAGUGACUGUGGCUUCACCGAGGAGCACUACACACACCUGCAGCAGCUGCAGCGUGACUUCGGGCCGUACCACUUCAACGUGCUCGCCUUCCCCUGCAAUCAGUUUGGACAGCAGGAGCCGGGCAGCGACAAGGAGAUCGACAGCUUCGUGAGGCGGGUCUACGGCGUGUCUUUUCCACUCUUCAGCAAGAUUGGUGUUGUGGGGAAUGGGGCCAACAACGCCUUCAAGUAUCUCACUGAAGCGUCUGGGAAGGAACCUAACUGGAACUUCUGGAAGUAUCUCAUUGAUGUUGAUGGAAAAGUUGUUGAUGGUUGGGGUCCCAAGACAUCUGUUCAAGAACUCCGACCAAAAGUAGCCGAGAUGGUCCGUAAACUUAUCCUAAAGAAGAAGACUGAACUUUAGUGAGCGUGUGCCCACUGCAGUCUUCUUUCAGUGAACCACUGUUACAAAUGCCAAGACAUCAAGCACUGAGCAGAAAGAGGAGCCAUGCUUUUUAGACAUGCCAAGCUUCCAUCGUGAGACAAGAACAUUUUUUAUAUCAUAAAAAAAUUGCAUCUUAAACCAUUCCUCUUGCCCAUUAGUCCAUUGAUUAAUUUCGUUUUUUGAUAUUGUUCUGCAAGUGCCAUACAGAUACAGUAUAAACUGUAGUCGAACGUCGCUCUUUGUUUCCUUGUCACUAACAUGCAGCUACUGAAGUUAUGAAAUAUGUGAUGACACAAGUGCGUGCGACUAAUUAAUUAAAAACAAAAAAUAACUGAAAUGCUGCAGACGUCAGAGAGUGGGUUUGUUUAUCAUGUUUGCCUUUCAUUGGAGAAGGAGGUUAGCUGAAUGUGGCUUGACUUGUCUUGACCUCAAAGCUGUUUUGCAGCAGCAGCAGCAGCAGCAGCAAUAUAUUCUCCACACAGUGCUUAACAAAGCAAAGUGCCUGCAUGUCUGCAGACAUUCCUCUAGAGAC